AUGAGUGAUCCGAGGUACGCCGGCUACCCAUAUCCGGCGCAGCGAGGUUACUACAACCAGGGGCAGUACCCGUACCAGGGGCCGCCGGUGAUGGCGCCGCCGCAGUACCAGUACGCACAGCCGCCGCCUCGGUCGCCUGGAUUCCUCGAGGGCUGCCUGGCGGCGCUGUGCUGCUGCUGCCUCCUCGACGAGUGCUGCUGCGACCCUCCGUCGUCUUCGUCUCCUGAAUCCUGA